CUAGGGUGUAGAAACGUGCACCACAGACCGUUGUUCUUCGGGCUUCUGUUCCCCACUUUUAAGACUUUUUGCAGUAGAACACUUCCCAACUUUUCCCUCCUGCAUAAGGACCACUCAGGAAUCUUUUCAAAAUUUGUCAUUUAUUUGUAAAUGUGGGUUACAAAUCAAAAGUAGAGUAUGAAGUCAUCAGGAAAAAGGGACAACAAAAUCAAAAUGCACGGGUGAUAUUACUUGUUGGACCUCCAUGUCUUUGUCAAAGCGCCGAAGCGAAGCUGAAAGCGAAUGGCGAGGGUAUAGCGAAGCCUGCGUGAUGCGCGCUGCACGGCGGCGGGGGUGAAGAGAAGAGAUAGAUUUCAUGAAAACGCGGAUGGUCUCCUUUGGAGAGGGGGAGCGAGAGAGAGAGAAAAUGGUGGGAGCGAGAGAGCUGCGCGCUCACUGGAAGGAGAGAGGGCGAGAGAGAGAUGGAGGCGGGGGGAAAAAAGUCUGGCGGCUCUGCGGGGACUGGAGCGCCCCAUGCCCUGGACCGGCGGCGCACUGCUGGCCAACAUUCAACCCUCCCCUUGUUCCACAACCACUUCCACUCGCACAGCGCCUGCCACAGGUAGGGCUCGCCCCGCCGCACUUCGCCUCACCGACCGUUUGGUAAACAACAAAAAAGAAAACCCUCGAGGCUAAACUAAGCGACUGAGCCAUUGAAGACCAGCUUCCAAUCCGCCGCCAUACGGCUACCAACACCUCGUGUUCAACCUCCGUAUCCAUCCACGUCAAUUGAAACUCGAAGUAACGGACGGUUUUUACGAGGUGGUUUUAGAACAUGAAUGGAGACAUGGAUCCUGCCAGCAAAGAGCAAGUCUGGGCCCAGGAUGAUCUGAUGAAACUCCUGGAUGGCAUGAAAGUGAAUCUGCCAGAGAAGGACCUGACCAAGUACAAGACCUCUGAAGCCCAUAUGGACUGGGAGAAGGUGGCUUUCAACACGUACUCAGGAGAUAUGUGCAAACAGAAAUGGCUUGAGCUCUCAAAAGAGAUCCGCAAAUUCCGCACACUAACGGAACUGAUUGUGGAUGCACAAGAUUACAUCAAGAAUCCCUACAAAGGGAAAAAAUUAAAGAAACACCCAGACUUUCCCAAGAAGCCACUGACGCCAUACUUCCGCUUCUUCAUGGAAAAGAGAGCCAAGUAUGCCAAACUUCACCCAGAGAUGAGCAACCUGGACCUUACAAAGAUUCUCUCAAAGAAAUACAGGGAGUUGCCAGAACGUAAAAAGGAGAAAUAUGUAAAUGAUUUUCACAAAGAAAAGGAAACAUUUGUGGUUAACAUGUCAAAAUUCAAGGAAGACCAUCCAGACUUAGUGGAGACGAAAAGUAAGAAGGGCUCUAAUGUACCAGAGAAACCCAGGACCCCUCAGCAGCUGUGGUAUAACCAUGAGAAAAAGGCCCUUCUUAAAAUUCACCCAGAUGCCACCACCAAAGACAUCAAAGACAGUCUAGGAAAGAAGUGGACGCAGCUGUCAGACAAAAAGAGACUGAAGUGGAUUCACAAGUCUUUGGAGCAGCAUAAGGAGUAUGAGGAAAAGAUGCGGGGCUUGAUUCAGCAGCACCCAGAGUUGAACCUGACGGAAGGCGACAUUGUCAAGACCACUCUGACCAAAGCAGAAAGACAACUAAAAGACAAGUGUGACGGCCGGCCAGACAAACCGCCAUCGAAUGGAUACUCAAUGUUCUGUGCCGAGCUGAUGUCCAGUAUGAAGGAUGUUCCCAGCACAGAGCGCAUGGUCAUGUGCAGUCAGCGCUGGAAACUGCUCAAACAGAGCGAGAAAGAUGCCUAUCAGAAACGCUGUGAACAGAAAAAGAAAGAAUUUGAAAUUGAGAUGAACCGAUAUUUGUGUAGCAUUUCGGUGGAGGAGCAGCAAAGAAUCUUGGCAGAGCAGAAGAUGGUGGGCUUUAAGAAAGGCAGCAGCCCAGCCUCUAAAAAGAACUCUAAAGCCAAGACCACUCCAGAGAAGCCUAAACGGCCAAUCUCUGCCAUGUUCAUCUUCGCUGAAGAGAAGCGGCCUAAACUUCAGCAAGAGAGGCCCGAUCUGUCUGACAGUGAGCUCACUAGACUCCUGGCCCGCAUGUGGAAUGAUCUGUCUGACAAGAAGAAGGAAAAAUACAAGAACCUGGAGGCGGUGUUAAAGGCAGAGUCAGAGAAACGGGGGAAAGAGGAGAAAGGCAAGCUGCCGGACCCACCCAAGACUGCACAGGACAUCUGGCAGCACAGCGUCAUUGGCGAUUAUAUGGCUCGAUUUAAGAAUGACCGACCAAAGGCAGAGAAAGCCAUGGAGGCCACCUGGAACACAAUGGAGAAAAAGGAAAAGAUCAUGUGGAUCAAAAAGGCUGCAGAGGACCAGAAGAGAUAUGAGAGAGACCUGAGUGAGAUGCGUGCUCCUCCUGCAGUGGUUGCCUCAGGGAAAAAGAUGAAGUUUGAUGGAGAGCCCAAAAAACCACCAUCAAACGGCUAUCAGAAGUUCUCUCAGGAAAUGCUGUCGAAUGGGGAGCUGAAUCAUCUGCCCAUGAAGGAGCGCAUGGGUGAGAUUGGUGGCCGCUGGCAGAGGCUCCCUCAGAAGGAAAAAGACCGCUACAAGAAGAUUGCGGAGGAGAAACAAAAGCAGUACAAAGUGCAGCUUGAACAGUGGCUUGCGAGUUUAUCAUCUCAAGAGAGAACUGCUUACAAAGAGUACAAUACCUUAAAGAGAAAGGGUACAAGCAAACCAGGUGGUACCACUGCUAAACAGAAAGCCAAGUCCAAGACCUCAGAUGUGGAUGAUGACGAAGAUGAUGAAGAGGAUGAGGAGGAUGAAAAGGAAUCUGAGGAGGCAUCAUCCAGUGCAGAGGAUAGUGAAGAAGGGGAAGACGAUGACGAAGAAGAUGAGGAUGAAGACGAUGAUGUUGACGAGGAGGAGGAUGAAGAUGAAGAGGCGGAGGAUAAGGAAAAUAAAUCGGAGAGCAGCAGCAGCGGGUCCAGUUCAGACGAUUCGUCAGAUACAGACUCGGACUGAGGGGGAAGCUGGAGCAAAGCGAGCCCGCAGACUGCCAGAGACCCUGUGAACUGAGCCAUUAGUCAGGGCCAUGGGCCUGCACUGCACUCCUCCAACCACCAGGGGGAGCUCCCUCCACUACCACCACCACGUCCACUCACUCAGAAACCAUCUCUCUGUCAUCCUUUGCUUUUCUCUUUUCUUUCCCCAUUUACAGUCUCACUGAGCUUGUUUUCAGUUAAAGGUUUCUAAAGGAGACAGAAUGCAAGGAGGAGAAAUUGCACUCAUAGGACUAAAGAUAUAUUAUCUCUUCAAUUCCCUCACAGCUAACAUGAGUCUGUUCUUUAAUAGGGUUCAGCUCUGCUGGCUCACAGACUUUCUUUCAACUGUCCCAAAUUAGCUUUAAAAGAUACUGGUGGUACCAUGAAAUAGCCCUUUACCAUUGUGUUUAGUGUCUAAAGCCAUUUUUUGAAGGAAGGAGAAUAGCAAUGAUGCCCUUUCUCUUUUCCAGACUUGUUUAUUCUUUUUUUUUUUUUUUUUUUUUUUAGGGGAAUAACAGGCCCACAAGCCAAAGAAUCUGUUAGUUAGGCGGAUUUCUUUCGGGAAGUAAAGGGGACCAAAAACUUGCACUCUAGAGAAUACCUGCUUUGUCUUUCCUAUCCUCCUUCUCUACAUCCUUUUUAUAGUCGUCAUCAUCAUGCCUUUCCAGACCAUUUUUUCUUCCUGCUCCCUCAUUUGCCAUGGUGGUGUAUUUUUGCUUCUGUAAUUCUUCGGUUCGUAGUGUGGUACCUUCAGGAACAAUAACGCAAUGUUUGAAUGUCUGUCCGUGUGGAAUUGUGGAAUUGGCACACAAACGCAGCUUUACCAUGGCAUGUACAUAAGCCACCAUCACCUAUGUGGGUUAUUUUUGUUUGUUUUUGUUUUUUUAUUAGGCACCAAUUCAUCUGUUUAGCAAAUGUACUUUGGAAGAUGACCAAGAUUCUUCCGUGAUGGCUUUAAAAGAGAGAAUCUAUCUUUGGACUCUUGUAAUGAAAAAAGACUAAACAAAAGAGACUGACGUUUUCGUUGGCCCAGGUGUGUACUGGUUUGAGAAGAAGCUUCACCCACAAACCCUGCUGCAAACGUCUUGUUAGUCACCAUCAGAAUUGGUGUUGUUUUCCAUCCAGCCUGUUUUACUCUUCGUUUUUUAUUUUGAUGCUGCUUUGCAGGGCUGCACAUUUUUUUUUUCCUUUUCUUUUUUUAAUGUUUUAAUUGUCGGCUAAGAGUUAGACUGGUUUGUUUUAAAAUGUAUUAUUGGGCUUGUUUUAAUUGCCUGCCACGUUAGAUUUUCUUUUAAUCGUCUGAUUGCGAUAUCAAUUUGGCCCUCAAUGCUGUGCACUUAUCCUAGACAGCCUCACCAGCUGACUGUCCUCUUAGUGUUGCUUUCCCUCCUUUUUCCCCUCUUUUCCUCACUCCUCACACCUCUCUGGUUUUCCCCUCAUCCAUGUACUUCAACCACUGACUUGUUCUUAUAAGCACCAGCUCAAGGAAUGUAAAGGAAUGUUGUAUUUAAUAGAGGAGAAAAUCUUUUGUUGUGUAUAUAUGAACAGUUUUGGGUCACUUUUUCUCCUCCCUAUCCUUAGAUUUUUUUUUUUUUUGUAGCAUUGUGUAAACACUUUGCUGGAAUUGCAGCUGUGUGCUUUUACACCUAUUGGAUGGUGGUGUCUGUUACGAUGUUAUAUACCCCAAAUCGCAAAGGACGCAUCUUUAAUCAGCAACGCCCUUAAAGAUGAGCAGAAGCGUGAGGCCUGUUGGCUGUAUCCAGCUAAAUUAGCAUGGCUCAGCUGGAAAGGCAUGAAAGGUGUUGUUGUGGUUAUUCAUGAUGAUGAUGAGGAACACAGGAUACAUGAAGUCCUUAGACGAUUCAGCAAUAUGAUUUGCAACAAUGGGGAUAGAUUUGGUUCACUGCUGUUGUAAGGUAUUUGUAAAUAUGUUUUCUUUUUUUUAUUGAGUGGAAAAAUUGUAUUUUCAUUUGGCCAAGCUGUCCCCUACGUGGUUCUUGUAGUGGCCGGUGGUCUGGAUUUGUUGUCAGUUGCUCUGAGGAGGGAAAGAUUUUAAUUUGGUAUGUUUUAGUUUUUAUACCCCUCAGCUGUUUGUUUAUUUGUAGAAACGGCAAAAAAAAAACAUGAUUUGUACUGCUGAUAAUUUGGAACAUUUGGAUGUUUUCUAUAGUCAGAGGUGUUAUUCCUGGAAUUUACCAUUUGAUCAAAUAAACCUGUCUUUAGCAACUGUG